AUAUCAUUGGCUGAUAUGGUGAACUUGACCUUACCCCUUUUUAGCAUCGAUGCUGUCUUGUCCAUAUACAAUUUCACACCCCACCCAGUCCUGCCUCACGUCCCGGUGAAACCGCCACUGCCACCGCCUCGGAUCAAGCCUCCAGAGAUGUCGGAGAAGUUCUCGGCAACACUCCGGAUUGGAGAUCUGAAUGAUUUCAUAGCGCCGUCACAAGGUUGCGUUGUUUCUCUCAAGGGGCUCAAGGCCGCCCCUGCCAAGCCUGAGAAAGCUGAGGUUGUGACGGGUACCAAAUCAGCAAACACUGAACCUGUUAAGAUUUCGCUUAAGGAUUGCUUAGCAUGCAGUGGAUGCAUAACAUCAGCUGAGACUGUGAUGCUUGAGAAGCAAAGUAUGGAUGAGUUUCUCUUUAAUAUUAACAAAGGGAAGGCAGUCAUUGUCUCCCUUUCUCCCCAGUCAAGGGCUUCCUUUGCUAUUCAUUUUGGCCUCUCUCCACUCCAGGUUUUGAGGAAGCUCACAACAUUUUUUAAGUCCUUGGGGGUCAAAGCUGUAUUUGAUACAAGCUGCAGUAGAGACUUGUCGCUUAUUGAAUCUUGUAAUGCGUUCAUCUCACGAUAUAAACAACACCAUUCUACUGAGGAUGAAAAAUGCAAAACAUCCUUACCCAUGCUAUCAUCUGCUUGUCCAGGUUGGAUAUGCUAUGCUGAAAAGACACUUGGAUCCUAUAUUCUGCCUUAUAUUUCAUCAGUGAAGAGCCCCCAGCAAACUAUUGGAGUUACAAUUAAGAACUAUCUUUGUCAAAAAAUGGGUUUCAGGCCAGACGAGGUUUACCAUGUAUCUGUGAUGCCCUGUUAUGAUAAGAAGCUUGAGGCUGCAAGGGAUGACUUUGUGUUUGAAGUGGAUUCUCCAGGUGGAGUCCAUGAAAAUACAGGGCUAAGGAUUACUGAGGUAGAUUCAGUGCUGACAUCUGGAGAAGUUUUAGAAUUAAUACAGUUAAAAUCAGUGGAUUUCAAAAACUUGGAAGAGUCUCCUCUAGAUAGAUUGCUAACAAAUGUCAAUGAAGAAGGUCAUCUCUAUGGGGUCCAGGGAAGCUCUGGAGGUUAUGCAGACACAAUUUUCCGAUAUGCUGCCAAAACACUGUUUGGGAGAGAACUUAAAGGCCCUCUGGAUUUCAAAACUGUACGGAAUUCAGAUUUCCGGGAAGUGACUCUGGAAAUAGAGGGGCAAACCAUGUUGAAAUUUGCAUUAUGCUAUGGCUUCCGCAACCUGCAGAAUAUUGUGAGAAAAAUCAAGAUUGGAAAAUGUGAUUACCACUUUCUGGAGGUCAUGGCAUGCCCUUCAGGGUGCUUGAAUGGUGGUGGUCAAAUAAAGCCAAAGGCAGGGCAAUCAGCCAAGGAUCUGAUCCAAUCAUUAGAAGCCAUCUAUAUGGAAAAUGUUGUGGUUGCUGAUCCUUUCAAGAAUCCCAUUGUAAAAGGUUUGUAUGAUGAAUGGCUUGAGCAACCAGGCUCAGAGAAAGCUAAGAGAUUGAUCCACACAGAAUAUCACCCGGUGGUAAAAAGCAUCACUUCUCAAUUACACAACUGGUGAGAAAUUCUUUGGCUACGAUACUGCCCAACGGUGGAACUUUCCUCUUCCCCGAUUCGUCUCUUCCCUGACCCAUGUUGCUGAAAUGGUAUUACUGGUCGCUAGCACAAUGCCUCAUCCGUCGAAAUGCCAAUCAUCGACAUGGGUGCACGCGUGGAGUCGUCCAAUUUUGAAUAUAGGUAGAGAAAAAGGGUGCGCCCAUGCUUUCACAUUUCUAGUCAUGUAUAUAUUGUGUCUGAGCUCUCCAUUAUUUGACCGCAUGAAAACGAAUAUAUUCAUGUAAGCUUUGUGGUCUUUUUUGUUUUUUUGUUUUUUUUUAUUUAAAUUCUAUUGAUUCUUGAAUAGGCUCGUUGGCAGAUAUAUAGUCUGUUAUUCAAACAAAAAUUACAGCCCAAAUAUUUUUGGAUAAAUGGCUGAGAUUUUGACUGGAUUA